ACAAUCCAUGUGCGACGUUGGCGGGAGAUCAGCUUCGUUGCUCGACAGCAGGUUGUGAGGAAAACGUCGAUUUUCACUUUUGACAUCGGCCAUUUUAGGGAGCAAGGCCACGAGGUCAAAUCCCGUCUGUUGUGGAAUUAUUAGCCCCGGAGAUACAGAUCUCAUUUAAGUGACACCAUGACAGAUUCCUGGGGAGAUGAGGAUACAGCUACGAGGCCCACAGGUGGAGGCUUUGGAGGUGGAGGCCCUAAAUUUGGAAAAGGAUUUGGGCGUGGCGUUGGAAUGGCGGCCUCACAGGAGAACAAGGAGAACCAAGUGAAUGGGUUUGGAGGAGGGAGUGGAGGCUUCGGCCGCAGGGGUGGCUUUUCCCAGUCCAAUGGCUCGUCCAGCAGGGGAGGAUUUCCGGUUGGUGGCAGAGGAUUUGGAAGUUCCGCCAGCAAUGGUGCCUCAAACGGCGACGGCUGGGGGGAUGAAGAGGAGGCCAAGCCCAGCGCCGGGUUUGGUGGAGCUAGACGAGGCGGAGGAGGGGGACGUGGUGGAUUUGGCAGGGCCGGGGGAUUUGGGAGCAGUGGAGGUGGGGGAUUUGGAAGCAGCAGUGGUAGGGGAUUCGCUAAGUCCAGUGAUGGCGUUGGGGACUGGGGUGACAAUGACAGCUUACAGACAUCCUCUGGAUUUGGCAGAGGUGGAGGAUUCGGAAGUGGGCGUGGAGGUGGAGGUGGGCGUGGAGGAUUUGGUGGUGGAUUUGGAGAUUCUGAUGCACCAAAGGGUGGCGGAUUCGGGGGAAGAAAUCGCACCUGUUACAAAUGUCAAGAGACAGGUCAUAUGGCCAGAGACUGCCCUAAUGCAGAGUCUGGAGGAGGUUUCAGAGGAGGGGGAGGUAGAGCUUGUUACAAAUGUCAGGAAGAAGGACAUAUGGCUCGCGAUUGCCCAAAUGCGAGUGAAGGUGGAUCAAGGGGAGGUGGAGGUAACUGUUACAAGUGUGACGAAGCUGGUCAUCUAGCCAGAGACUGUCCAAGUGCAGGAGAUGAGCAUAAGAGAGAAAUCUACGUUCCCCCGGAUCCCACAGAAGAUGAGAGUGAAAUUUUCCUGUCAAUGCAAAAGGGCAUUAACUUUGACAAAUAUGAUGCAAUCCGUGUAGAGUGCACAGGACAUGAAGUAGUUCCUGCCAUCAGGACUUUUGAGGAGGCAGGACUCUAUCCCAGGAUUCAUGAAAAUGUGAAAAAAUCUAAGUAUGAGAAGCCAACACCUAUUCAAAAGUAUGCCAUUCCAGCGGUGCUAGCUGGCAGAGAUCUCAUGGGGUGUGCGCAGACUGGCUCAGGCAAAACGGCUGCGUUUCUGUUACCUGUGCUGACUGGUAUGAUGAAGAAUGGGCUGUCUGGCAGCGCUUUCUCAGACACCCAGGAACCUCAAGCUCUGGUGAUCGCCCCCACCAGGGAGUUAGCCAGUCAGAUCUUCUUAGAGGCCAGGAAAUUCUCCCACGGUAGCAUGUUGAGACCAGUAGUCUGUUAUGGAGGCACGAGUGUUGGCCAUCAGCUGCGACAGCUUGAACAAGGCGCCCAUAUCGUCAUCGGUACGCCAGGCAGGCUCGUGGACUUCAUCUCCAAGGGCAAAAUAGGGCUAAGUAAAAUUAAGUACUUGAUAUUAGAUGAAGCUGACAGAAUGCUGGACAUGGGCUUUGCGCCAGAGGUGAGAAAAAUCGUGGAACAGUUUGGAAUGCCUCCCAACACUGAAAGACAAACUCUCAUGUUCAGUGCUACCUUCCCUGAGGAAAUCCAGAAGCUGGCCUCAGAGUUUCUCAACAACUACCUGUUUGUGACGGUGGGGCGUGUAGGCGGGGCAAACACUGACGUCACGCAGCAGGUGCUGGAGGUGGAACGCAAAGACAAGCGACAGAAGCUCUGUGAUAUAUUAGGAGAAUCAGGUUCUGACCGCACAUUAGUUUUUGUUGAGUUAAAGAGAAAUGCAGAUUUCUUGGCCUCGUUCUUAUCACAGACAGGCUUUCCCACAACCAGUAUUCAUGGCGACCGACUUCAGCGAGAAAGAGAGGAGGCUUUGGCAGAUUUCAAACGCGGCAAAGCGCCUAUAUUAAUAGCCACUUCUGUAGCAGCUAGGGGUCUGGACAUUCCUGAGGUCAAACACGUCAUCAACUAUGAUCUUCCAAAAGGUGUAGAUGAGUACGUCCAUCGUAUAGGCAGAACGGGACGAUGUGGCAAUUUAGGAAGAGCUACCAGCUUUUUUGAUAGGGAGGCUGACGGGGACGUGGCUAGAGAUCUGGUCAGAGUGUUGGGAGACGCUAACCAAGAAGUGCCUGAAUGGUUGGAAGAGUGUGCUCAGGGCAGUAUGGGCAGUGGGUUUGGCAGUGUGGGAGGGAAGUUUGCCUCCAGGGAUAUGAGGGGCAACCGGUUUGGUAGCAAACCUGGUGACCAAGACUGGUUUGACAACGACACAGGAGGAGAUGGAUUUGGCGGUGCUGGGGGUGGAGAUGAAGAAAGCUGGGACUAACGGGCUAGUGGACCCCUGGCUUGGCAUUCACAGAACCUGAGAGACAACACGUGCAUGGGAAUUCCUGCAUUGAUGUACCAACCACACGCGUGAACUGCAGUCUGAGUGAAGAGAAAGUCACUGAUGGACUCGCCUGUUGUCGAGCUGAUCCACAUGCAGAGAUAGCUCCUCUCCUGAAUGGGCUCAGCUGAGCUGAUUGCAUAGGUCAGUGUACAAGACUGUGAUUUAUGGGCGCAUGAUCCUCUUCAAUCUUUACUACAUUAUUUUGUUUCCUCGGUGGACGGAGACCAACCAGGAAUGUUUACUUCUGUGUUCCAAGUUUUGGAUGUUUAUUUGGCGUUUUGGCAUUUCUGUCAUUUGUAUGGGAAGACUGCUCUCAUUUACCCUGUUCAGAAUUAUUGAUCCAAAAAGAAAUAUUUUAAGCAUUUGUCCACUUUAACUUUUGAAACUGAAUAAAAAAAGAAAAGUACUGUUUGGUAAAUAAA